CCCUCCCAUCAAACGCCCUUGCUGACCUCCAGUGGCUUAUUCAAACUGACAACGAAAAGUUAUUUGGCCGUGCGUGACGCGAAGUCUGAUAAGAGCACACCAUUCGAUCCCAGAAUCUUUGCCGCUAGUGUGAGCGCAAGUCAACCGCGUUGAACUUGGUUCACGCGUCUCGGCGCAACGGACAUUAUGAGCGUCAACCCCGCGGAACUAUACAAACGCUUCAAUAAGGAACCUGCUGAGCAACAAGAAUUGCGUGAGAAGAAUGGUUUUAGGAGAGCUUCGGCGCCAUCCUCAAACGAAAUCCUGCCUUCACUUCUUGCAUCGCUAAAAAGCCACCGCCUAAGGGGUUCUAAACAGAAGAGGAAGGCCGAGGAACCACAUAACGAGGCCCAAGAGGCCAGCCCUAGACCAAACAAGCAGCAAAAGGCAAUCCAGAACACACAAAUUCCUUCGUCUUCGCCAGAGCGACUCAUUCCAUGGUCAUCAUCUCCUGUUGGAACUCGACCGCCACCAUCCGGUGAGGGCAGAUUUGAUCUACGGGCCGCACCAAACUUCUCUCUACCGCCAAGUUCAGUCGGGAACAACGAAGAGGAAUACAUUACGCAUGACGAAGUGGAAAGCAUCCUCCACAGCGAAGAGUACAUGCAGUCGCAAGUUUUGGAUCUGCCGCGGACCAGCCCUGCGCGGACCAGUCCUGUUACGCAGUCCACGCCUGAUCGAUCCAGGCUCGCUGGCACUCCUACGUGCGCGCAGCCCAGUCAGCAAGUGGUUCCAGGUACGGUUCUGGUGUCUAAUAUUCCUGCGAGCAGCCUGCCUGUGGGUAAGGGUACCCAAUCGCGUGAGCGGCCUGAGCGGCCCCAAACGCGACCAAGGCGAAUGAAGCUGUUUAAACCAGAAGUACUUGACAAUUCCAAAAUUCGGAAAGAUCAUAUCAGCCCCACGCGCCACUCAAGCCCUGGUGACGCAAGCAUUGAACAGCAAGAGGAAGUACAGGGGCCCCAAGCGGCAAUGAGGAGAGGAACGGGAGAUGUCGUAAUUGCCAAGGACAAUUUGCAAAGUCAGGACGUUCGGUUAUCACCUGCACGGUCAGCUAUUCCAGAGUUAGUCGUCACAGAUCCCGAUACCAAACGCGCUUCACAGGCAUCCGCUAUUACCCUAACGGAGUUUGAAGCCUUCGUGGACAAGUACCCCGAGUACACGGUUGACGGCGGGACCCUCUCGACUUUCCUGAAGGCGUGCAUUACUCUUGAAUGGGCACGCAAAUAUCAGAAGCUACAUCACUUUCUAUGGGACGAUUUUAUCCGGGUCUAUACGACGCUGUACCUGCCCUAUGUUAAGAACCAAGGAGGCACGCGUGGGGCCGUGGAGUUUUACAACGACCGAACGGAGGCCCCCUUGUGGGUACCAAGUCAAAUGGUGAAGGCGUCUACCUUGGACCGUAUUCUGGACUUCUACCGAGAUCGAGUGCGAGAACUACGGGCUCGUAUGAUUGUCGACAAGGACAAUGGGGGCCAACCGUUGGGACCGAGCCCUGAAGACAAUACUUUGACCAAGGCUUCAAAACCAGGGACAGCUGCCCCCACGACCCCCAUACGCGAGCAGCAGCCAGGCCGAAGACAUACUAUGGGACCGUUGCCUGCGCCGAACCGCUCUCGAGAGGCUGUUUCCACGCCAGUACCAUCAGCGGAACCCAGCUCAUCACGCUCGACUCCCAUGUCGCAGUUGCCCUACUUCAGGAAUCUAAUGCAGAAGGGAACUCCGAAAAGGGGAAAUACGAUGGGGCAAAAUGUGUAUCGGAAAAUGGUGCAAAGGAAAAGCACGGGUUCACUGCCGGGGCCGUCAGUUUGAUUGAACAGAUGCAUUGGUUGUCACGUUGCUUGAGAUGGGCAAUCAUAGGAUCCAAGGUAUU